GGCGGACAAGCAAUGCUGUUCGUCCCUUCGGGGACAUCCGAUAAAAUUGGAACGAUACAGAGAAGAUUAGCAUGGCCCCUGCGCAAGGAUGACACGCAUAAAUCGAGAAAUGGUCCAAAUUUUUUUUUUUUUUCUCCUGUUUGAUCGAUUUCUGUGAGGUUUUAGGGUUGGUUUAAUCGUACAAUUGGAUAUAUAUUUUUUCAAGUAACGAUCUGUGUGUUUAUUUGUUUAUUCUUCGAUGCUGAUAGCGUCGGCGUCUGUGAGUUAGUUAAUUUCUAGGGUUUUGCCUCAAGUAAUACUCUCUGCCUGAAUGUCUUUAACUUUUAAUUUUCAAGGUUAUUCUGUUUGCUGAACUCUGAGAUGUUAGCUUUUAUGUGUUCUGGCUUUGAUUCAAAUUUACAUUUGUUUCUUCGAUUCGAAUUUCUGAUUUCUAUGAUGUUAGCUUUUAUGUGUUCAUGGAUUCAAAGUUUUGUGUUUUUCACAGCUUCAACCUCUCUGUUUAGAAUCAGUUCGUGAAUUUGCAGUGCAGCCAUUUUCCAGAUUAAAUAGUUUUAUUACACUAAAUUCAUUUUUUUUACAAUCCUAGAAGGCUAGAAUGGCUAGAUAGAUUAUCAUACUAAAUUCUUUUUCUGUUACAAUCUUAAAAUGUCUGCAAGUGAUAGAAUGCUGGGGAACAUUCUGGUUUGAUUCAAGAUAAUACACUUGAAUGAUCUUAUGAUUUAGACUAAAGAGUUAGCUAAAAAGAUAUGUAAAGCCAAUUGCAUAUGUAUAUAAUUACAUUUAACGUUUCGAAGAUUUGGUUUUAUCAUUAGUGGCUAGUCGAACAUCUUUGUGCCGUCAUUAGUAUAAGAAACUUCUUGGAAAAUUGACUGACUCGUGAACUGAAUUUUUCCGGAUUGAUGAAUUUAAGGAUUUGAAGUGAUUAAUUGCAUCUGCUUUGUUCUUGUGUUCUCCCUCCUUGAUCAUGAUUGAAUCAUUUUACAGUCUAUGAUGUUGAUGACAUUAUUAAAAAAAUCAAGUGAUGGUUCCUCUUGUGUGUAAGACAAAGAACCAACCAAUCUUGUUGUAGGAUUCCCAAAAAUGCUCCGAAUUUGACUUUGAUGAAUAGUCGGGACAUUGAGGAAUAUCAAGAAAAGCAUUUUGUGGGAGGCGUCUCGUCAUCACCUCCAUCUACGAGACUCUCCGCCGAUCUUAAAGCGCUGUUCGUCUCCGCCAUCUCUCUUCUUCGUCUCGCCGGAAAUCCAGCUCUCUGGUCAGUCAACGUCAACAAACAUGAAGCCUAAUUCUCGGAAUUUCCAGAUUUUCGUUCAAUCGCCCGAUCUCCAACUCCCUCCCCGUGCCAUAAUUUUCCCAAACCCUAACCCUAGUUUCACCCUCCGCAGCCUGAAAUCUUCGAUUUGUUCCUCGGCUUCUCCGAUUCCAGAGAGUUCCGUUUUCUUCACGCUUAAUGGCAAGCUUCUACCGGACUCCACCUCGCUCUUCCGGAAUCCAUCGAUCGCUCCUCUCUCCACCCUCACUCUCCACGUCCGCCUCCUCGGAGGCGGCGGCGAUGGAGGCGCUACAGGGGCGGAGUCACGGGACUGUUAUUUGAAUAUGUACGCGGAGAAGAAGCCGGACAAGGUCGAUCCGAAUGAAAUGCGCCUCUCCAAAUGCAUCAAUUGUAGCCUUUCCAAUGAGCCGUUGAGGCAUCCAGUGGUUAGCGAUAAAUUGGGGAAUUUGUUCAAUAAGGAGGCUCUGGUUGAAGCUUUGCUGAAAAAAAAUCUUCCCAAGGCGUUUGGGUACAUCAAGGGAUUGAAGGAUAUGAUUCCGGUGGAACUGUCGGAGAUUCCCGGAGAUAAGAAGGUUGCUGAUGUGAGAUUCCAGUGCCCGAUAACCGGAUUGGAGUUCAACGGAAAAAAUAAGUUCUUCAUGAUCAAAACCUGCGGGCAUGUAUUGAGUGCUAAGGGCUUUAAGGAGAUUAAGUCGUCCACUUGCUUGGUUUGUCACAAGGAAUUUGUCGAGAGUGAUAAAAUGGUGAUUAACGGGAGCGAGGAUGAAGUUAAGGAGCUGUGGGAGAAGAUGAAGGAGGAGAAAUUGAAGGCUAAAGAUAAUGGCAAGAGGUCGAAGAAGGUUAAGAAUGGUGAUGCCAAUGGAGAAGAAGUUGCACGGCUAACCGGUACAAAACAUGGGAUUGAGGGGAAUGGAGUCAAAACUAGUGCCAACGGAUCGAGCAAGAAGUUAAAGGCGGCUGUUGUAGCUCCGGCAAAUGCAACAAAGGAAAUCUAUGCGUCGAUUUUCACAUCCUCGAAGAAAUCUGAUUUCAAGGAAACGUUUGCUUGUAGGUCGUUGCCUUUGGGUCGAAACUGAUGAAAUGGUGCUUGUGAGGUGAUUUGAUUCUCCUACUGUUUGUAUUGAGUCUACUCAUUGUCGUUAUGCUUAUCUAUAAUGUGCUUUGAUGUUUGAUACACUGAUAUUGCUCGUAACUAUAGAACUAUUUUGCAUUGGUUGUUAAUAAAUUUGUGAAUCUUUACUUGCUAUU